AUGCGGCUUGUCUUUCCUUUCUUCCUCAGCCUAGUAUGCCUUGUCAGGGCUGGUACCAUUAUAGCCUCUGACAGUGCCAAUACCGCUGAGCUUGAGUCUCGCGGAACCAGUGGAUAUCGCUCCGUUGCCUAUUUUGUCAACUGGGCGAUCUAUGGCCGUAACUUUAAUCCACAGGACCUCCCUGCCGAUAAACUGACGCAUGUGCUAUAUGCCUUUGCCAACGUGCACCCAGACACUGGAGAGGUGUAUAUUUCAGAUCCUUGGGCCGACAUAGAAAAGCAUUACGCUACCGAUUCAUGGAGCGAUACUGGAAAUAAUGUUUACGGAUGUGUGAAGCAACUCUUCCUUCUUAAGAAGAAAAACCGGAAUUUGAAGAUCCUACUGUCUAUUGGGGGCUGGACUUACUCGCCUAACUUUGCUAGCCCCCUCAGCACUGCUACGGGUCGUGCAAAUUUCGCUUCCUCCGCUAAGGACCUAGUGAUGAAUCUUGGCUUCGAUGGUAUUGAUAUCGACUGGGAGUAUCCCGCGGAUAGCACUCAGGCCGAUAAUAUGGUUGCAACGCUUCAACAGUUGCGCUCGAGCCUAGAUACAUUUAGCGCUGCAGAAGCAAACAACUAUCACUUUUUGAUUACCGUUGCAUGCCCAGCCGGUCCAGAAAACUACCAGAAGCUCCACAUAUCUGACAUGGACAAGUACCUUGACUUCUGGAACCUUAUGGCUUAUGAUUAUUCCGGUAGCUGGGACACCAUCGCCGGCCAUGACGCUAAUAUCUAUGCCUCGACUAGCAACCCCUCUAGCACGCCCUUUGACGCCGACCAGGCCAUCAAUUACUAUACCUCACACGGAGUAGCAGCCAACAAGAUUGUCAUAGGUAUGCCGCUUUAUGGUCGCUCGUUUAUGAAUACCGAUGGGCCUGGUACGUCUUACAGCGGCGUUGGCAGCGGCAGCUGGGAGAAUGGAGUGUGGGAUUAUAAGGCGCUGCCCCAGGCUGGGGCAAAAGUCAGCUACCUCGACCAACCUUUGGCCAGCUACAGCUACGAUGCCUCACAAAGAACGAUGAUAAGCUAUGAUACACCUCAGGUUGCGUACAAGAAGGCGGAGUAUAUUAUGUCAAGGGGUCUAGGCGGCGGAAUGUGGUGGGAGAGCAGCGGUGACAAGAAAGACUCUGAUAGCUUGAUCACGACAGUUGUUAAUACCUUCGGCGGGGUCGGGGCUCUAGAGAAAGUUGAGAACGAGCUGAGAUACCCAUCCUCCUCUUAUGAUAACCUAAAGGCUGGAUUCCCUUCCAGUUAA